CCGGAGGAAUCGGUCCGCUGCAAUAGCCGCGAGAGACAAAACUGAGACCAAGGUCAACAAGAUGACCACACAGCUGAUGAAGAGACAGCCGUGGAAUGAAGUCUUAACUCGUCCGUCCACCACCACAGCCAAUGGGACUCCUUGUUUUUGAAACUACCACACUGGAGCCUGAAAGCUUCGGGAGCAUGUGGACAUGAUAUACAUCUCCAUUGAGACAGCUAUUGCCCUGGCCUCUGUGCUGGGGAAUGUGCUGGUGGUGCUGGUUGUGUGUGUGAACCGGGCUCUCCGCAACACCACCUUCUGCUUCAUCGUAUCUCUGGCCGUGGCUGACAUCGCUGUGGGGUUUUUGGUCAUCCCUCUGGCGAUUAUCAUCAGCAUGGGUUUUAACACUCAGUUCUACACCUGCCUCUUCCUUUCCUGCCUGCUGCUGAUCAUCACCCAGAGCUCCAUCCUUUCCCUGUUGGCUAUCGCCAUCGACAGAUAUCUGCGAGUCAAGAUUCCCACCAGGUACAGCACCAUAGUGACCCAGAGGAGGGCAUAUGUGGCAGUUUGUCUGUGUUGGAUCCUCUCCUUCCUUACUGGAUUGGUUCCAAUGAUUGGAUGGAACAAACGUGAUGCUCAAGGAAACCUCAGCAUUUCCAGCGACAUUGUCUGUGAAUUCACCACUGUCAUGAGGAUGGACUACAUGGUGUACUUCAAUUUCUUCGGCUGGGUGGUGGUACCGCUGUCCAUUAUGAUUGCUCUGUAUGCAGAGAUCUUUAGGGUGAUCCGGCGACAGCUUAACCGCCGUGCUGAAGCCACUUGUGAUGGUGACAGGUACUAUCGGAAGGAGCUGAAGCUGGCCAAAUCACUGGCCUUGGUGGUCUUCCUCUUUGCUGUGUGUUGGCUGCCAAUACACAUCAUGAACUGCAUCAACUUCUUCUGCCCAAAGUGUUACAUACCCAAGUUUGCCACAUACAUAGGCAUUUUCAUGUCUCAUGUGAACUCAGCACUCAACCCAAUGGUUUAUGCAUUCAGGAUAAAGCAGUUUCAUGUCACACUGAUCAAGAUCACUCGCCGUUGCAUGUUAUGUAAACCCACAGAGCCCACCCCGUGCCCCACCAGCACACCAGCCCCGACGGAGAAAGUGAAUGUAAACCUGUAACUACGCCUGCAGUACUCCCGUGUACAUAGUUUACAUUGACACUUUUGGGAUUUUGCAAUAUUUGGAAUAUCAACCCAUUAAUAGACACAAUAGAGCACUUCAUUGAGUCAUGGGACAAGUUCAUUUCUGACCCAUUCAUAUUUCUUUGACAGUUAGAUUUUAAGAAAAUGAACCUGCAAUCAAGACAAAAAUUCUGCUUGCAUUAUUUUGUUUUCACUUAAUUCUUCCUUAAUUGAUUCAUAUUGAAUUGUAAUAUAUAUGUCAACAUAAUAAGUGAUUCAACAAACAUUUCAUGUUCAAAAGGCUUAUUGGUAAAUUCACCGGAAUAAACAUUCAUAGCUUCUUCAUUUAA